AUGAGUGAUCCAAAGUAUGCAUAUCCUUAUCCUGCACCGGGAACUUACCCGCAAGGACCGCCACCGCCGGUAGGAGUACCGCCGCAGUAUUAUCCUCCGCCGCCUCCACCACCAACUGAGAAAUCUGGUUUUCUUAAGGGACUGCUUGCGGCUCUGUGUUGUUGCUGCUUGAUUGAUGAAUGUUGCUGUGAUCCGACCAUUAUAUGCAUUGAUUAA